AUGCCACCAAUCCGCGGGUGCAUCCAAGGAACUAUUGUCUUGCGAGAUAAUCUGUUCCAUAAUAUGACUUAUGAAGCCUGGAAAAUUAGCAUUUCUGCGAAAGUGGAUGCCUCAUGGAAUCUUCAUUUGGCAAUGCCGAUGGAUCUAGACUUUCUCGUUCUCAUAUCCUCUAUCAAUGGCAGUUUUGGCGGUAGAGCACAAGCCUAUUAUGCAGCAGCGAAUGCUUUCCAAGAUGCCCUCGCCCGUUACCGGAUCUCGCAGGGCCAGAAGGCUGUUGCCAUUGAUUUGGGUCUGAUGGUUAGCGAGGGUAUCGUUGCAGAGAACGAGUCUCUUCUAAAUUCAGUAUGGCGAUUUGGGCACUUGAUAGAGAUCAAAGAAGCAGAACUCAUUGCCUUGCUCGACUUCUAUUGCAAUCUGCAGUUGCCAUUGCUUUCUCGCGGUGAUUCUCAGCCCAUGAUAGGCCUCGAAUUGCCGUACUCCAUUACUGCCAAAGGCGUGGACCUGCACCAUUCAAUUCGACGUCCAACGUUCAGCCAUCUCUUUCGAAUGGGUCUUGGGAGGACUUCGUCAGAGGUCGGUCAGAGGUCGGUCACGACGCUUCAAAAGGAUCAAUUGAUCGCCCUGCUGCGCUCAAUCGAUAUGAAGAAUUGGUUCCUGAACGAGCUGGGGGCAAGGAUCACGGUAUUUGACCUCAUGGGGAACGGUCCCGUCAAGCAGAUAAGCGUCAUGGUGGCCGAGCAGAGUCUCUUCCGUCAGUAG